CCCCAUCCAAGCACUGGCAUGGGGCCACCUCUUGCAGAGCAAGCCGUGUUUUUCCUUUUCCAUGGGACCAGCCGCAGGACAUAAACCUGAAGAAGAGCCGAUGUAUGCAGGAGUCUUCUCAUUGUGGUGACGUCACCUCCUCAAGGAACUUGUUCCUCCAUAAAUCCCAAUCCGGACUGGGGCUGAGUUCUUCCCUGAUCACCCUGAGGGAAUCCGCCCACAGGAUCAGCAGGAGGUGGAGGGUGGGAAAACAUAUAAAGGUCCCCGGGAGCAGCUCUCCUUUACUGCCCUGACUGCACGGAUCUGCUUUCAGCAUGAAGACACUUCUGGUUGGGCUGCUGCUUGGCCUGGCAUACAUGGAGUCGGCCCGGUCCUUACGAUGUUACACGUGCAAGGAACCAAUGGACAUUGCUAAGUGCAGAACAGCCACCCAGUGCCCCCCGAAAGCCACCGUGUGCACAACGACGCUGCACUCCGUAGACUCAGGUUACCCCUUUUUUGGCAACAUCACCGUGACCAGAAGCUGUGAGGUGGAGUGCAUCUCCUAUGAUGGGAUAGGAGCAACCAGACCCAAGUCAUGCUGCUACACUGAUCUCUGCACUGAUGACACCAGGAGCAGCGAUGGGGUGCGAAGCAGCUCUGCAGCACUGGGUCUGACAGCCAUGGUCAUUGGCACGCUCCUUCAGAGUGCUCUGUAACAUCACAAGUGCCCACACUCCAGCCAAAACACCCCAACUCCUCUCUCCGACAAGCUGCCUCCUGAACUCUCAGGUGCCUUGGGAAUAAUCUUCUUCACUGAUGUGUGGCUACACUCAUCUUCAGUCCUAUCAAGUGGAUUCAAGCCAUGAGUUUGGGCACCUGGACCUAAAACCCUCAAAUUUCCAGUUUCCAGCUGCUAAGCAGAACAUUCCUCACCUUCAGCCGCUUCUGGUCCUCAGGAUCUGCAUCUCCCGCUGCAGCUUUCCUCUGUGGGGAGCAGCAGUGGAUGAAGCACUGCAGCUCUGUGCAGCAAGAGGGACUGGGCAGUGCCAUCAAGGCUGGUGUUCUAGCAUCAUCCUCAGCGAGAGCACGGGGUUCUACACAUGCUGAACAUAGACAGUACUUUUUUUCACAGGUGUCCCCCAGCUCUCAUACAACCUGUGCCUUUGUGCCUCUGUUAAACCUCUGUGUACAACCCCCCAAAAAUCCUCCAAUCCUCCA